AUGGCUUUGGAAGAGUUCCCCUUUGAAGCCGGAACCUGUGUGCUGCCAAUAGCACCUUACAAACAGGUUCGAGGCAAACUGGACUUCAGGGCUACCGUCGCGGUGUACCUAGAGGCCAUUAGAACACAUGUUGAGAAGAUAACCUCUGGCGAAGUUGCUGGAUCUCAGCCACCGGUGUUGAACUUCCAUUGGAAGGACUUUGUUGAUCUGCACAUUCUGGACCCUUUACUUGAAGAAAAGCCGAAUUGCUUUAGAAUUGGUGCACUUGGUUCCACGACCAGAAUCCCGUGGCAGAAGUGUUUAGACGAACCACAGAACUUGGGGUUUGUCUUUAUCAACCCUUCAUUGGAGCCUGAAACUGAAUUCAGACUGUCAAUAAGAGGUAAAUCGUACCUCUACACUGCAGCACCAUUGCCUAAUAAAAUGGUGUUUUUAGCAGGUGAACUUGCCCUAGUUGGAAGGAUCGGUAAAAGGUUGGCACUGGACCAAGGAUUGAUGAUUGAUGAGUACGUGCGGAGGAAAAUCGUUAGAAAUCAGGAACUCACUCAGGAUCUCGUUGUCAAGUCACCAAUUGAUGCUAAGGAUGAGAUAGAUGGGAUUGCCAAAGCUUUAAACCGUGGGUUGAUAAAUUUCGGUGCAAAAAAGACUGCAAAGAGAGUUGUCGAUAUGAAAUCAUUGGACUUGCCAACUACAAAACUGAGUGAUAAGCUAGAUAAGACCAAGUUGGCAGGUAAUGCACAGGAGAAUGACGAUCGUCAUUUCAGAGACGUUGUUAUCAAGUCGAAAGAUGGGAAAUGGGCAUCGACAGAGCUUUAUGAUUGGAGGUUUUUCAACAAGAAGCUGAACAACCUGAAUAAGAGGAAGGCAUUGCACGGUGUCGUAGAGAAUUAUCUACAGCUGUGUAGUAACUUGGGUAUCACCACAUGGUUAUCACCAGACUCAUUGACCUCUUGGACGUACAAUGGUCUUAUGGGACCUUGGGAAGAUACUGUAAGAUUUGAACUACCUGCAGAGGACUUGAACAGAUUAGCAACAGGCUUCAACUAUUCCUUGGUCAUUGGAGACCCAAAAAACACCACUGGUGGUUAUUUAAUGGAUAUCUCGCCUUGGUAUCUGGAACGAGCCGUUCAACACACUGUGGAAGCAUCUCCAGAUGCUGCUGAUGGGAGAUUUGUCGAUAUAAGAACUGGUAUUUACAUUGAGAUCGCCGGUGUGGCACAAGUGCCUGAUGUUCCAGAAGAAAUAUUGGAGAAGUACCAAGAUAAGGACUUGGAUUCUUAUGUUUUCACAGGAUUUGGUAACCAUUGGUACUUGCCAGAUCUUUUACCUUUGAACAAAACUCUGUAUGAAGGUAAACAGGCACUCGUUCCAAAAACAUUACCUUCUGAUCUUGCACCACCACCUUCUAAGUACGUAUACCGUGAACAUUUACGUCUGUUUGUUGAUGAGGCCAAAUGCUCCUAUGUUCCUGAAGAGGAGAAGGAUAAAUUCGAUCUGACAUACAUCGGUUGUUGUCAUGAUAAUCUGAUCUGGAAGGAGUAUAACUCUACGAAAAAUGCAACCCUACAAUUCCUGAAUGUUAACGGAUAUCCUAUCAAUGUCAAAGAUGAAGUGUCCAUAAUAUUUGAUUAG